AUGUUUCUGGGGUUGUUUUACAGUGUACAAUCUUUGCUUUUUUGUUCGUUAAAUUCUCCGAGCUCGGAAAAAAUGGUGAGAGGAAAGGUAGAAAUGAAGCUUAUUGAAAAUUCAACAAGCAGACAGGUAACAUUUUCAAAACGCAGAAAUGGGCUAUUGAAGAAGGCUUAUGAGCUAUCUGUACUUUGUGAUGCUGAAGUAGCUUUGAUCAUUUUCUCACAUAAAGGAAAACUUUCUGAAUUUUCAAGCUCGAACAUGCAAAAGACUAUAAAGAGAUACCUGGAGCAUUCAAGAAAAGAGCAGAACAGUAGUGCUGAAGGUGAAGGACAAAUGCAGCAUUGUAAGGAGGAAAUAGCAGUCUUGGCACAGAAGAUAGAGCUCCUUGAAAAUUCCAAACAGAAGCUUCUAGGACAAAAUUUGGGGACAUGCUCAAUACAGGAACUAGAGGAGAUUGACAGCCAGCUGGAAGAGAGCCUAGAAAAAAUCAAAGCUAGAAAGGCUCAAUUAUUCAAUGAAGAAAUAGAAAACUUAAAAGCAAAGGAGAAGUUUAUGCUGGAAGAAAAUGCAAAAUUACGUGAAAAGUGUGGAUUGAAGCCAGAAAACGAACCAGAGAAACAGAAAGAAAAUGUUAGUUGCAGCCGAAGCACAAGCUCCGAGGUGGUGACAGAAUUGUUCAUUGGCCUGCAUCCAGUACAGAAUGGCUGUUGA